AUGUCUGAUUUGAGCAAUCAGAGGAGGCAUUGGGAUACUAAAAGAGCAUAUCGCUCUUGGUUGCUUCUCUGUUUCUCGACAGGACCAGUAGCAUCAAUGGUAAGAACCUACGUUCCUGCUGCAAUUCAAUCUGUUGCCGUCGCUAUCGGUAGAGGCUCAGAAGGAGAGAAAUGCUCUAACAGGGGAAACAACUGCUUUGUAAGUUUUGGGACUAGUCGAAUACAUAUAUCGGCGUACGUAUUAUACUUGAAGGCAAUAUCAACAAGUAUGGAAGGUAUUAUCUCCAUUCUUUUAAUGGGAAUUGCUGAUUAUUCAAACUACAGAAAGACUUUCUUGGUCAUUUCUAUCUUCUUUUAUGGGGCUCUUGCAUUGCCGUUUGCAUUCUUGUUUAGAAAAAACACUGGCACGUUGAAGGUUUUGUCUGCUCUUUACAUCCUUUUGAAUACAGACGGCGCGAUAUACCAGAUUUUAGAAGGUUCAUAUAUUCCAUUAUUUAUGAGGUGCUCUAAGACACAAGAUGAACGUGAAGCUCUUCAAGAUAAUGGCCUCCUGAUGUUAAAGAAGGGCUCAAAGAUCAGUGUUACCGGUCUUCUUUUAGGCAACUGCGGAGGAGUAAUUGCCCUAUUGAUAGGAAUUAUCAUUUCGCACACGAGAGGAGGGCCGAUUGAAAAUAUGUACUACGAUUUCCUUUCCGCUAUUUCGAUAAGUGGUAGCUUUACGCUUCUUUUUGCAGCUAUUUCGACUUUUUAUUUGCCCAGCAUUAAAGGUGAAACACCUCCAGAAAAUGAGGUUUUGUUGUGCUUAUCUAUAAAGCGAUUUUGCAGCCAAAUUAAGAGUAUUCAAAAAUAUCCGCAUGCAUUUUUGUAUUGUGUCUCCUGGGUCGCGUGGAAUAUCAGUUUCUCUAUCUUUAUGAGUGUUUUCAUACUUCUUUUCAGGUCUACAUUGGGUUUGGGUUCCUCGGAUUCUGAAUAUACUGUUUAUACAUUCACGUCCUAUAUUUCAGCCUCAUUAGGUCCGUUAAUUUGGAUGGCUUUAUACCGCAAACUUCACAUAAGCAUCAAGACGUGGGGAUAUAUUUUCUUGACUAUAUCUUUAUCAACGAAUCUUUGGGGCUGUUUUGGCUUAAUCCCCGGUUUCUCCUUCGGGUUCAAACAACGAUGGGAAUUUUGGUUUUUUGAAAUUUUAUACUCCUCGAGCUCCUCAAGCAUGAGAUCAUUGAAUAGAACAGCUUAUAGCUCGUUGCUACCUUUAGGGAAUGAAGCUCAAUUUUUUGGUCUUGAGGUCUUUCUCGGUGUUGCAACUGGUUGGGUUGGAUCACUUGCAAGUGCGGCUAUUCAAAAUAAGAUGGGCGAUGAGAGAUCUUCUUUCCUUUUAAGCUUAUUGUUGGUAUUAAUAGCUUUAAUUCUUUAUUCCAUCUGUGAUAUAGAAAAGGGAAUGAAAGAUGUGAAUAAAAAGUAG